GUUUUUUCCUUCUCAAUUUUUAAUAUAUAGAUAUACUCCUCUUUCUCCGCCCAUCUUCCUCACUCUCCUUCUAUUCCUCAGUAUCGUAAUCGAGAUCCUGCAUCUGAGUGUCCCCAAAAUGGCAGCAUUAUCAGGGAAGGUUGUCCAACAUAACCUGGUAGCAAAGUGCUGCCAGCAGGAUAGGGAAUUGAGCACAAAAUACCGACUGUACUAUUGUACCCUUAGUAGGCGCAACUUGCUCCCCCCUGUAGGAGGGAAGUUGGCAUGGAAUGGCAACUCCACCAUGCAACUGGACGCCUUAUCAAAAUUUAAGCGAGGAAUUGUUUAUUGCAAUGCUGCCUCGUCGUCCACUGCAAUCCCGACUGUUGAGAAAAGCAACUUUCUUAAGCUUCAGAAUGGAAGUGAUAUACGUGGAGUAGCUGUUGAUGGAGUUGAGGGGGAACCUCUUACUCUCACAGAGACAGUUACAGAAGCAAUAGCAGCAGGUUUUUCUGGUUGGUUGCUGGCAAAAAAGAAAAAUGUUUCUUCUAAAUGUUUAAGAGUCUCCAUCGGUCAUGACUCACGAAUUUCAGCACAGAAGUUACAGGACGCAGUUUCUCGAGGACUUGCUAGAGCUGGAGUUGAAGUCAUCCAAUAUGGAUUGGCAUCCACUCCAGCCAUGUUCAAUAGCACUCUUACCGAAAAUGAAGAAUUUUCCUGUCCAGUGGAUGGUUCCAUAAUGAUAACAGCAAGCCAUCUUCCCUACAACAGGAAUGGGUUCAAGUUCUUUACAAGUGCGGGUGGACUUGGGAAGCCCGACAUCAAAGAUAUCUUGGAGCGAGCCGCUGAUAUAUACAAAAAUAUUGCAAAUGACGAUUCUAAGGGGGCAGAAACAGCUGCUUCUCUCGAUGUGAAAAGAGUGGAUUACAUGUCUGUUUAUGCAUCUAAUCUUGUAGCAGCAGUCCGCAAAGCUGCAGGGAAUAUAGAAAAGCCACUGGAAGGAUUCCAUAUCGUUGUUGAUGCAGGGAAUGGAGCAGGCGGAUUCUUUGUGGGGAAGGUGCUUGAGCCUCUGGGUGCUAUUACUUCUGGCAGUCAGUUCUUGGAGCCAGAUGGUUUGUUUCCCAAUCAUAUACCUAACCCAGAGGAUAAGACGGCCAUGAAAGCUAUUACCAAGGCAGUACUUGAUAACAGGGCUGAUUUGGGAAUCAUCUUUGAUACAGAUGUUGACAGGUCUGCGGCUGUGGAUUCAAGUGGUCGUGAAUUUAACAGAAAUCGUUUGAUUGCUUUAAUGUCCGCAAUUAUUUUGGAGGAACAUCCUGGGACCACUAUUGUCACAGACAGUGUAACAUCAGAUGGGCUGACAACAUUUAUUGAAAAGAAACUAGGAGGGAAGCAUCACAGGUUCAAAAGAGGAUACAAGAAUGUAAUUGAUGAGGCUAUUCGUCUGAACUCUGUUGGUGAAGAAGCACAUUUGGCUAUUGAAACUAGUGGCCAUGGAGCUCUCAAGGAGAAUCACUGGCUUGACGAUGGUGCAUACCUUAUGGUGAAGUUACUGAAUAAGCUUGCAUCAGCUAGAACAUCAGGACUGGGCGGCGGCAGCAAAGUCCUAACUGACAUGGUGGAGGGUCUCGAAGAACCAGCUGUUGCUGUUGAACUUAGACUAAAGAUUGAUCAGAAUCAUCCAGAUCUUCAAGGAGGAUCCUUCCGUGAUUAUGGUGAAGCAGUGUUAAAGCAACUUGAGAAUACAGUUGAGUUGGACACUAAGCUUCUGAAAGCACCUGUUAACUAUGAAGGGGUUAGAGUUUCUGGUUAUGGCGGAUGGUUCCUUCUAAGACUCUCACUACAUGACCCUGUUCUACCCCUUAAUAUUGAGGCACCAAGCAAGGAGGAUGCUGUAAAACUUGCUCAUGAUGUGCUUAAUGCUGUGAAAGAGUUCACCGCUCUUGAUACCUCUGCCUUAACUAAGUUUGUUGGAGUAUGAGUGUGCAUUGAGUUUAUCUGUCGUCUUGACGAUCAUCAAAAUUUGGACAACUUGACCUCAGUGCCGCUGACAUGUUGGAUCUUUGAAAAUUUGGAACCUCUACCAUAGAAAAGUGUUUUUUUUUUUGUUUUUAAAAAAACAAAUCAAGAGCUUUAUGCAAUAAAGUUACACAAUCUGUCUGUACAGAGAAAAA